AUGGUCGUGCUGAUGCACCUGCUGGGUGCUCUGUAUCUCGAUGGCGCUGGUCAGCCAUCGGUAACCCGCCGAUGGGAGUUCACCGAGGAGACGCCGCUCACGGGUCUGGAACGUUCGCUCUUCAUCAUGAUGGGGGUCGUGGCACUUCUCUCAUUAGUGUCGACCAUUGGCCUCUUAACGUUCCUUACCCAUCGAUUCAUCUUCUGGCAGCAAUACUAUAAGCACCCGUUGGCGCACAACCAAUACGUCGUACUCAUCUACAAUCUUUUGCUCGUCGACCUACAGCAAGCCAUAGCCUUUGUGAUCUGUCUAUAUUGGGUUGGCCAAGGUAGAGUGCACUUUGGAGAAAUAGCGUGCUACUUGCAGGGAUGGUGGAUUCAAACCGCCGACCCGGGCAGUGGGUUAUUUGUCCUCUCGAUUGCGCUGCAUACCAGUGCCGUGGUCUUACGGGGUCGUCAACUACCUUUCAAAGUGUUUAUAUGCUUCUUGAUCGGACUGUGGGCUUUUAUUCUCAUUCUGGGAGUCAUCCCCGUGAGCAUUCACGGGAGUCAGUCGUUUGUCAUCACAGAAGCCAACUGGUGCUGGCUUAGCCCCGCGAAUGAACAUGGCCGGUUUUGGGGCCAUUACUUUUGGAUUUUCAGUGCCGAGUUCGGCACCGUCUUCCUUUACACCAUCCUGUUCAUUCGUCUUCGACGUCGUAUGGCUCAGGCAAAGACGCUACGAAUCGGUCAACAGGAGAGUCUCCAUCGACUCAACCGUGUCGUCAUCUACAUGGUCAUUUACCCCUUCAUUUAUCUCGUCCUGUCGCUACCUCUGGCAGCGGGCCGCAUGGCCACGGCUCGCGGUCACCCUCCUGGAAAGACCUAUUUCGCUGUUGCUGGAUCUUUCAUGGCCCUUUCAGGUGUGGUGGACGUGGCAGUUUAUGCUCUCACCCGCCGUCAUCUGCUACUCGAUACUGAGCAUCACACGACGGAUCGGAUCUAUGACAAUACAAUUUCUGAAUGGCACACCCAGAUCACCACCACCGCCGUACCAGAGGAUCGACCUCGAAAGCAGUCUCGGUUAGUCUCGAAGAUCAGCUCAAAGCUCCGACGCUCGGAGAAUCAUGAGGUGGAGCAAGAGGAGGUCAGUCGAAAGAAUCUGUUCGAUGACUCGACAGACGACAUUGUGCCGAAAAGUGACGUGGAACUCUCCACUUUUACUGUUGUGUACCAGGAGACCACCAUAGAGAUUUCUCACGAGCCUGCAACUCCCACAGAUUUGACGUCCCGGGGCUUGCGACGGAUCAAGUCAUGA